GUGACAAUAUCAGAGAGUUCUUGCUGAGUCUCAGGUAUUUCCGAAUCUUCAUUGCCCUGUGGAAUGUCUUCAUGAUGUUCUGUAUGAUUGU